AUGGCCAAGUUAAGUUUGUUUGCGCUGGCCACUUGGGUUGGUCUAGCCGCAGCCAAGGACGUCUACCUCAAUUGGAAUCUCACUUGGGUAAAUGCUGGCCCGGAUGGGUAUGAGCGCCCGAUCAUUGGUAUCAAUGGCCAAUGGCCCUGCCCACAGAUUGACGUGACCGUGGGCGACCAACUGAUCGUCGAUGUCUACAACGGUCUUGGAAACGAGUCCACGGCUAUCCACUGGCAUGGCAUGCACCAGCAGGGCAGUGGUGUUAUGGAUGGCGCGGUUGGAGUCACCCAGUGCCCACUUCCUCCCGGCUCGCAAAUGCAAUAUCAUUUCGAUGUCAACGAAGCCGGAACAUACUGGUAUCACUCACACAACGCGGGCCAGUUUCCCGAUGGAUUGCGUGGUGUUUUGGUUGUCCACGACCCUAACCCUCCUUUCCACUACGAUGAGGAGUUCACACUCACCCUGAGCGACUGGUACCAUCAGGAGAUGCCGGACUUGCUCAGUGGGCCCGUGGUGGCUCAAGGCAAAGAGCCCUUCCCCGACUCGGCAUUGAUCAACGAUUCAACCAACACUAAGAUCAAGGUGCUGCCGAACAAAACGUAUCUUGUUCGCAUUGUCUGCAUUGGAAACUGGCCCGGCCACUUCUGGGUGAUUGAUGGCCACGAGAUGACUGUUGUGGAGGUUGACGGCGUCUAUACCGACCCCUACCCUGCUGGCGACAAGUUCCUGCGCGUUGCAACUGGCCAGCGUAUGAGUGUCUUAAUUAAGACCAAGGCUGACACUAGUAAGAACUUUGCUAUCUGGGAUACUAUGGAUGUCAACAUGCUGUUUUUCUUCGAAAACCGCACCAUGCCGGAAAACUACAACCCCAAUGCCACCGCCUGGUUGGUGUACGACGAGGCCAAGCCCCUGCCCGAGCCUCCCGUCUUCGGCGAGAUCGACUUCAAUGAGGACUUUGUGGAUGAUGUCACAUUAGUACCAGCAGACCACAAGCCCUUGCUCGAGCCCGUGGACCACCAGAUCAUUCUGGAGACCGGCGGCGCGCUGGUGGACGGUGUUCCUCGCUUCACUGUCAACAAUAAGACCUAUAUCGCCCCGAAGGUGCCGUCUCUAUACACUGCCAACACUGUCGGUACCGAAUUUUCUUCAAACCCCGACGUAUACGGCCAAGUAAACCCCUUCAUCCUGAAGCACAACGAGAUCGUCGAAAUUGUCAUCAACAACCACCACAACAACCUGCACCCAUGGCACUUGCACGGUCACCAGUUCCAGGUUCUGCAGCGCACCCCAGUCGAUGGUGGCUACUACUCGGGCCUGUCGAGCAACGUCUCCGCGACCCCGAUCAGACGCGACACUAUCAUGGUCCAGAACCACGGUCACACCGUCAUCCGCUUCAAGGCCGAUAACCCAGGUGUUUGGAUGCUGCACUGCCACGUCGAGUGGCACGUCGAAGUUGGUCUGAUGGCCACCAUCAUCGAAGCCCCCGAGACCUUCGCGAACACCGUGCACGCUCCCCCGAAGAGCCACUACGACGCCUGCGCAGCCUACCCCCAGCCCGUUAGUGGCAAUGCCGCUGGCAACGAGGGUCUUGACUUGACCGGACUUAACACUACAGCUACCGUCGGCGGCCACGGCGCUCUGUAUACCAACAAGAAGGGGACCAAGGAUUCCACUGCUGCGCAACCGUCUCAACAACCGUCUCAACAACCGUCACAAGCAGCGGUGCCGAAGCCCUCCACCAAGCCGUCCGCACCUGAGCCACAAACCGAGGCUCCUAAACCCUCCACCAAGCCGUCCGCACCUGAGCCACAAACCGAGGCUCCUAAACCCUCCACCAAGCCGUCCGCACCUGAGCCACAAACCGAGGCUCCUAAACCCUCCACCAAGCCGUCCGCACCUGAGCCACAAACCGAGGCUCCUAAGCCCUCCACCAAGCCGUCCGCGCCUGAGCCACAAACCGAGGCUCCGAAGCCCUCCACCAAGCCGUCCGCACCUGAGCCACAAACCGAGGCUCCGAAGCCCUCCACCACGCCGUCCGCACCUGAGCCACAAACCGACUCCCCGAACUACUAUUACGAGGAGUCGCCGACGGCACCCAACUCUAACGGCGAGGGUUACUGGCCAGCCCCUCACACGGACGAGACGACCAUCUCUAUCGACAAUCCUGACAAGCCGCACGAUCAUCACCUCACUAUCCACGAGGAGACGAUCAAGAGCCCGUGGGCGAACCAGAAUACCAAUACCGGCUAUGUUAUCGACGACGGCAAAAUAUACCAGAUCAAAGACUCUGAUCCUAAUGUUAUUUUGGAUGAGUUCAAGGAUUGA